CAGCGCGUCUCGCAAGCUGUGGCUCGCUCUUCGGCCACCCUCCGGGCGAAAACCAAGCGGUCCAGUCUCGGGCUUGAGGAUGUCAAGCGCAGCAGUGGCAAGCGUUCCGGUACAGCUCGAACUCGGACGACCUCGCCUACAGCCGCGAGACGGGUGCAGCGGCCCGGCGGCGGAGGGCAGACGCCAGAUUGGCAAGCAGGCCGACCGCACGGCGCCGUUCUGGGUCGACUUGCCCGCCUUCCGCCAGCUGCAGGCCCUGUCCGAAUGCCCGGCGGUGGUCACGUUUGAGCAGGGCCACCAGUCGCUCCCCGACCGCGUCUACACGGUGCUCGCGCGGCUGGCGGAGCACCAGCCGACCGUGAUGAUUGUCCGCGUCGACUGCUCGACUGCUCCGAGCGGGCGGUUCGACAGCCGCACCGCCAACGAGCUCUGCACCCGGAACCGGAGCGCGGCCGUCCCGCGCCCGCUCGCUCCCGCAGGGCUGGCAGCAGCUCGGAAUGUGUCGCGGCCGCAGGCGACAAGGAGCGCGUCAAGGAGCAGCACCGCUUCUGCCGCGACGCCGUCCUCUCCGCGCGCGCCCGCACCAAGGCGGCGCUGGAGCGGCAGCAGCGCCGGUUUCAAGACAAGAGCGGACGCAUCUGCUUGCGCAAGAACGAGACGCUGCGCAAGUUGGGCAAGCUGCUCACCGAGGAGGCGGUGCCGGUGACCGAGCGGGCGGGGCGCGGCCGCGGCGAGUGGAUCUUCGUGGCGCACCACAAGAGCGGCACGACCGUGGGCAAGGUGCUCGCCGACGCCCUCUGCGCAGCGUCCGGCCGGCGGACCCACAAGUAUACCUUCCGCGAGCAGCCGGUGGAGACGUCCCCGCCCGGCGGCGCGCUGUGCCACUUUCUGAUCAAAAUCUAUUCGGAGGACGUCGACAUGUGGAUGGCGCGGCUGGCACGCUCGCCGCACAACCGGCUCGUCCACUUUGUGCGGGAUCCGCACGAGAUGGCCGCGUCCGGCUACCUCUUCCACCGGCGCGGCUCCGAGCUCGAGUGGACAAACUCGACGCAGUGCUCGCGCGACCUGUGCACGCUCAAGGAGGCGUAUGGCGCGAACGGCACAAAGUGGUCGGCGGACGUUAUGUUCGGGGAGAUGUCGGCGCAGCCGUGGCUGCGCGAGUACGGCUGCACGCACCUCGCGGGCGAGGGCGAGCUGCCGCACGAGACGUACUACACCUGCCUCAACGCGCUGUCGGCGGCGGCGGGCCUGCGGGCAGAGGCGCGCCGCGCGUACCCGACGAUGCGGGCGAUGCUCGACCUGGACGAGUCCUUUCGCGCCCACCCGCGAGUGUACCAGCUCCACCUGCACGGCCUCCUCCCCGCCGCCUUCAACUCCACCGUGCCGCGGCUGCUGCGCUGGCUCGGCGCCGCAAACAGCUCGGCGCCGCCCCAGCGCGCCGGCCGCCUCCUCCGCGCCGCGCGGCGCAAGAACGGGCGACGGAACCGGACGCACGACGCGCACAUCGACCGGCUCACGCGGAUCGGGUACCGCGCCACGUUCACCUCGCGGACGGCGCUCGCGAUCCGCACCGGCUCCAAGAGCCUGAGCGGGGGCGACAAGCGAGCGCUGGCGGCGUGGAAGGAGGCGGGCGGCACUCCCUUCUUGCGCGAGCUCCUCAUGCGGUCCUCCUGGGGCGCCGACCGCUCGCGGCAGCGCCUCUUCGCGCCCGGGCACCGGAAGCUGCACUUCGAGCGCGGGCGGCGCGGGAUCCUCACGUGCUCCGCCCCGCGGCUGCUCAACGCCUUCGUCAACGACGGCAUCCUCCUCUUCCGCGACCGGAUGCGGAUGCAGAUCCCCGGCAAGCCCGACGCGUCGCGCUUCCUGCGGCAGCUCGUCCGCCGCCGCCUCGCGUCGCCAGAGUUCCUGCGGUCGGUGGGCGGGCAGUACGCGCGCCAGAGGCUCCCGUGGCCGUGGCAGCCGUCGGCCGAGCUGCUCGCGUCGCCGAUGCUCUCGGGCGACUCGAACCACGCGACCGACUCGUCCGUCCUUCUCGCGAUCGACUCGUCCGUCCUUCUCCUCGGCAAGUCGCGCGCGCCGCAGGUCAUCGCGACGCUCUACACGCUGCACGAGCGGUACCGGCACGAGCUGUACCGGCACGAGCUGUACGCCAACCUGCACGGCGACAAGGAGACGUACUGGCUGGCGUGCGAGCUGGUGGGCGGCCUCUCGUGCGGCGUGUCGCCGUACGCGGCGGGCGAGAUGGGGCAGCUCAAGCAAGACUACGGCCCAAAGGACCCGGGCUGCGUGGUGGGCAACCUGAUGCAGUUCCACCCCGACAACCCAAAGCCGCACGCCUCGUGGCUCUACACGCACGUGUCGACCCCCCAGAAGUACGUGGCGCUGGCCAAGAGCCUCUCGUCGUCGCACGACGGAUACCGCAACCUCGCCGGCAACCGCUUCACCCUCGCCAUCGAGCCGCACCCGUCGCUCCACGUGGACUUGCAGGGCGCCGCCGCCGCCAGCUGGUUCCGCGUGGCCGGCGCCUCCGUCAUCGCGCUGCUCGCGUGCACUGUCGGCGCCCUCGCGGCGACCGUGGUCCUGUCCCGCGGGUCGGGGCCUGCGGCGCGGCCCCUGCUGGCCUAG